CGGUGUAAGGCACUUAUUACUUAGUAGUUCCUGAGGCAGCACGCACUAUGUUUACGAGUUGGGUCCAGCGUUUCCUUUGCAGUCCGUUACCCAGACUGCUGAUCAGGAGAAACCCCGGGGCUUCAAUCAACAUUUCCCCGAGUAUACCGGGUUCCAUUACUCAUGUUUCUGGGAAAUUGACAUUGUUGGAGAAAGGACUUGUCCUAUCCUCCCUCUCUUUCUUAGCUAUAGAAUCCUUAAGACGGAAAAGGAAAAAUGCAGUUGUUCACGCAAGUAUUAAAGUUGAAGACAUCAAAGAGCAGGCAGAUUAUCUGCACGGUAAUGGCGAAAUGGAGAAAUUAUACGAGUUCCUGACCCAGUACAAAGACAGUGAAGAUCCUGAAAUCCUGUGGAGAUUUGCACGAGCGUGUCGGGAAAUUAGCCAACUCGGCAAUAUUACCCCAGAUGAGAAGAAGAGGGUAGUUUACGAAUCUCAUGAUUUCGCAAAAAAAGCUCUGGAAAAGGAUGGCUUGUGUUGGGCAGCCCACAAGUGGUAUGGUAUAUGCCUUAGUGAUGUUGGAGAAUAUGAAGGCAUCAAGGUGAAAAUUGGAAAUGCUUAUAAAAUAAGGGAUCACUUUCAGAGAGCAAUUGAACUUAAUCCAAAAGAUGCUACUACCAUUCACCUGAUUGGUCUGUGGAUAUAUAUGUUUGCCGAUAUGCCAUGGUAUCAAAAGAAAAUUGCCUCAACGCUGUUUGCUGCCACACCGUCUGUCCAAUACGACGAGGCUCUAGAAUAUUUUCAGAAGGCUGAGGAAGCGGAGCCAAAUUUCUAUAGCAAAAACCAUCUUUAUCUGGGUAAAACAUAUUUGAAGUUAAAGAACAAGGAGCUGGCAGUAUACUGGUUAACAAAAGCAAAAGAUUAUCCUGCCCGAACAGAGGAAGACCAACAGGUUCACAAAGAAGCUGCCGACAUCUUGAAGUCAUUGGGGAAAUGAAGCCUGUUGUAUCUACACCUGAAGUUUUAUUUGAAGCAAAUGACAUAGGAAGUUAUUUUAACGUGUAUUUAUAAGGCACCUGUGUUGUCAGGUCUGCUUACUAUUAAAAAAAAAAAAAAGUCCUGCAUUGUUUUAUUCCAC